AGCGUGUUGAUGCGCGAUUUACAGUAUGUGUUCUUUCCAUAGACCGCAACGGUUCCACUUUGUCUGGUAUACUUUCUAAGUAACAAUUUUGUUUAACAUAGAGGUGCGUUCGAGAUCACAGAGCUAUCAGAAAUGACGUCUCUGGCCCAUCAGCUCAAGCGGCUGGCUCUGCCCCAGAAUGACCCCAGUCUGCUCAGCAGGAAGGAUGUGGCCUCCCUCCUCUUCGACCCAAAAGAGGCUGCCAGUAUCGACAGAGACACCUUCUUUGCCCUGGGCUGUACAGGUCUGGAAGAACUCCUGGGAAUUGAGAGCGCCUUUGAGGAGUUCCAGGAGACUCUCUUCAGCCAGGCUUCCAAGGGCCUGGAGCGGAGUGUCCAGACCAAGGAGGUCAACCAGAAGCUGGAUGCGAGCAUCUCAUUGUUCCUCACCCGUCUCUCACCAUACUUCCUGCUGAAACCAGCGCAGAAGUGUAUAGAGUGGCUGAUCCACAGGUUCCACAUCCACCAGUACAACCAGGACAGCCUCAUUGCUUGCUCUCUGCCUUAUCAUGAAACCAAGGUCUUUGUGAGAGUCAUUCAGCUUCUGAAAAUCAAGGACCCCACACACCGCUGGAACUGGCUGCAGUGUCUCCAGAAACCUGGGGUUCCCUUGGCCAGAGGAACUCUGAUCACACAUUGCUACAAAGACCUGGGAUUCAUGGACUUCAUCUGCAGUCUAGUUACGAAGUCAGUUAAGGCCUAUUCGCACUCUGGUGAAAACUGUCCUCAGCUCAGAGUGAUUUUCUCUUUCUACGCCUCCACCAUCAUCCCUGCUUUGGAUGCUGUGGAGAAGGUUACAGAUGCACUGGUAGCUAAACUACUUCCUUAUGUUCAGAAGGGUCUGAAGUCUUCACUUGUCGAUUACAAGGCAGCCACCUACAUGAUUGUUUGCCAGCUUGCAGUGAAGGUGGUGAUGGAGUCGCACCUCGUCGACACGCUCGCCCUGCAGAUCAGCAAGUCUGUGGUUAAGACCCCCACGCUGCCCAGAGAGGGCCUGGGCUCUCUCAUCGUCCUGCUGCAGAACCAGAAGGCUGAGUCCAUCAGCGAAAAAGCCUUUGGCUACCUGUCUGCGAUCCCCACCUUGGUGCCCACACUCAAGGACAUCGCGUCUGUUUAUGACAUUGGGCCACUGCUCCGCUGCCUGCUGCCUCACCUGGUUCGCUUCGUAGUCACUGACAAAGAGCCAGAUACUGCAGAGACCUUGGAGAUGACCAACUUUGGAGGCAUUCUGGCAUCCAUCCUUCAGGAACUUGCCUUAACGAAUGGCUUGGAAAACACAGUCGCAAAUCUGUUUCUCCAGGAGUAUCUUUCCCAUGGUGCUCUGCUGCAGACAUCUGCAGAUGGGAUUUCUAACCUGAAUCAGCGACUGCAGCCGCUCAUACGAACCCUCGAGUCAAAGUACCCUGGAGCCCUGGAUGUGGUCCUAGAGGGCCACGUCAGUGACAUCUCUAAUAAGGAAGAACAGAACCUCUUCCACCAGUUCAUCUCACUGUCCCUGAGCAGUGGGAAGUACAAGAUUAUUCCGGAAUCUGAUACCACGUUACUGCUUGGCCUGAACCACCCUUUGCCGUCUGUGAGGAACCUGGCGCUGGAACAUCUGAAGGAGAUCCUGAGGACUGGGCAGGCCGGCUUUGAUGAGGACUUCCUGAGGGAGGCUGUGUUGGAGCGGUUGAGGGAUGAUGUCCCAGAGGUGGUGCUCGCAGCACUCAAAGCUAUGCAGGUGAAUUCAGAAUUCUUGAGCGCUGAGGACAUGGUUUCCUCUCUGCUCUCACUUUUUCAGCGCACAGAUGUCUCCAAGGCAGGAAAUUGGUUCCCUGUACUGAAGGAGGCCAUGAGGGUCCUGGAUAACACCCACCUCUUAGAGGAGAUCCCCACCCUGAGGAACAGAGUGGUUACGGAGCUGCUGCCCUUCUUGGUGAUCACCUGUCCAUACGAGAACCUUCCAGAGUACCAGGUGGCCAGUUGCGUCGCCAGGUCUUCUCUGAUUUCCCAGCAUCCACUCACACAGGGCUGGUCCCAAGCCCUGGAGGAUGUGAUGGCAAGAACCUGCCCAUCAGAUGUGAUGGGUGUAGCCAACCAGCAGCUCAUCUCCACCAUGACCAAGAACCUCUUGGGAAUGGAGGCCUCCUCCAAGCGCAGCUGUCUCGACGCCUUAGUUGAUGCUGUCACGGCCCAGAGGAGCAGCCCGCGAGAGAGGACAGGAUUCCUUGUGCUGACCUACACCCUGGUGCACGGCUUGGGUGACUUGCAUGAAGCUCAGCACUUCCACAUAGCCGAGAGGGCACUCGACCUGCUCGAACCCCAACUGCGGGAGGUUGCUGCAUGGAACCCUGGCCCGGAGAAGGUUCUGCAGCCGCUCGAGGAGCUGCGUGACACGCCGUUCCCCCCCUCGCAAUGCUUGGAGGGGUAUCUGAGCCGGCUGUACACUGGGGACGGGGGGGAGCAGGAGAAGGGGUUUCUACUGCUGCUGCUUCUCAGAGCCUACAUCCGCAACUUGAGCUGCGCCACCUCCACCCUCAAAGAGGAGACCUGGUGGAACCCAGAGAAGCUGGACAACACUACAUGCUGCUACCUCCGCCUUCUCAUCCGACUCUUCGAGAUGACCAUCGCUGGGGCCAGCCAGGGACCCCUUGCCCCCGGAUUCCGGGCUCUCAUGCGGCUCCUGUUCCAGGUCCACCUGAGCGAGCUGCCGGAGCUCUUCGGUUUCCUAUCCCUGUUGUGGGGGUAUGGCUGGAGCCAGAGUGACCAGCUGGACCACAGGGUGGGCGCCGUGCUGCAGACCCAGGCACUCUACGUUGGUCGGGCUCUGCUCUCCAGCCAGAACGGGAAGAACCUCAAGCUGCUGACAUCCGCCACCUCUCCAGUGGUGCCCUCCCUGCUGAUGUGCCUGGGCUCCCCCGUGCGGGAGGUGCGGAGGGCGGCGGUGGCAGCCCUCCAGGAGCUGGGUGGUGCGGACGCCUCCCCAUUCCACCUUGUCACCAAGAAGCUGCUGCAGGAGACCGAGGAGCUCAUCACAGAUCCUUCCCACGUGAGCCAGGCCUUGGGGAAGAUGUAUGAGGAGGCCAUUGCAGGAAAGGGUAAGGCCCAGGACAAGAAGAUGAUAGCAUCGGUGGAUCAACUGCUGGGCUGUGUCCAGUCACCUGACUGCCCUUCCUACACUGCCAGGGCUCUGCUACAGCUCCUCCGGGAGGUCAACGGAGAGGCUGUGCUGGAGGUCCUUCUACCUGCCAUGGAGCGACUGCUGGACCAGAGUGGGCCAGAUGGCCCGACGUUCCUCAAAGACGAAGCCCUGCUGCUGCAGUUCCUGCUGACCAAGUACAACGAACAGUCGGCCCCUCUGCUGGCCCGCCACAAGGGCAGCUUGGAGUGCUUCAUUCGUGCCACGGGCACGUUGCUGGAGCCCUUCCCUGGAAUGCCCAGUUUCCAGCUCGUUGCACUGGAGCAGAUCACGAAGCCCUUCUUCGCUGCUCUUGGGGACGAGAAGGUCCAGCAGAGGCUCCUGGCAGUGAUGUUCGAUUUGCUGGUGGACUGCAAAAACCCAGUGUGUGCACAGACCAUCAAUGGGGUCUUCAAAUCGAUCACUGUCGACGGGGAGCUGGUGGCUGCUGAGUUCGGUCCUGUGGAUCGGCCCAAGGUCUCUGGGAGUGUGCAUCAAACCCGUAGGAGUAAGAUGCUGCACAGGAAAGCCCAGGACUCUGCUUCGGGACCACCAGAUGGGAUAUCUGCAGUACCCUGGCAGAGAGUGACUCUCAUCCUGGAGCUCCUUCAGCACAAGAAGAAGCUGAAGAGACCCCAGAAGUUGGUGCCCACCCUCUUCAGCCUUCUCUCCAGGUCUCUUGAGCCAGUCCAGGAUGAUGUGACUAAUCUGGAGUACACCAAGCAGCUCAUCCUCAGCUGCCUCCUCAAUGUCUGCUACAAGCUCUCCCCUGAUGGAGCACUUAUCAGCAAAGAUGUCCUUGAAGAGGAGAAGUUCAAUGUGGAACUGGUUGUCCAGUGUUUGAGGGGCUCCGGCAUGCCACAGACCCACCACCACGCUUUGCUGCUCCUGGGGACCAUGGCCAGAAUAUUCCCUGAGAAAGUUCUUCACAACAUCAUGCCCAUCUUCACCUUCAUGGGUGCCAACGUCAUGCGUCUGGAUGACGCCUACAGCUUCCAGGUCAUCAGCAAAACGGUGCAGAUGGUCAUUCCUGCCCUUAUAAAGGCUUAUGAGGGCGGGCCCUCGCAGUUGCCGGGCCGCACCGAGAGCAUGGAGACCGUGGUGAUCCGUGUGGUGCACGUGUUCGUGGACGCGCUGCCCCAUGUUCCCGAGCACCGUCGAAGACCCGUCCUGGCAGGGCUCAUGACCACCCUGGGAGCCGGCCACUUCCUCUGGGUGCUGCUGCUGCUGCUCUUCAAGCAGCACGCCAUGCAAGCCACGUCGGCCGAUGCGGGUGUGGAUAAGGAGACAGCACUACAGAGGGAUGUGGAGUUCUGGAUUUCUGUGUGCUGUGAGUUCGAAGUCCCCGAGCAGCUGCUGUCACUUUUCAAGAUCCUGAAGUAUCUAAGCAGGCUUCCGGAAGACAAGGAGGAUGAUGCAGACAAGGCCAAGACGCGCCACCGAGGGACAGAGAAAGAGGGCACCGAUACUCUGCUGUUCAACGUGGAGAUGCACAGCGGCAAGGAGCUGCGCCACUACAAAUUCCUGUCCUUGUCGUUCUUGUCCCAGCUGUUGGCCUCCGAUGGCUUUGUGGGGAAGGUGGCCGACUGUGACUUAGAGUCACAAAAUCACCUGCAGAGUCUCCAGCAAAGCCUCCUCGAGGAGAUCCUGUGCUACAUCAACAGUGUGGCCCGUUGCGUGGAGGCCAACGCAAACAAGCCCACCGCAAAGUUCUGGAGGGCGAUGCUCAACAAGUCCUACGAUGUUUUGGACAAGGUGAUCGCCCUGCUUCCUACUGAUACUUUCAUCACUGUGAUGAGAGGCCUCAUGGCCAACAAGCUGCCAUCGGUACGACGCAAGGCCAUGGAGCUUCUCAACAACAAGCUGCAGCAGAAGACUGUUUGGAAUAAUGACCAGGUCUGCGUGCUGCUAAAUCUGACCAAGGACCUGCUGAGCAUCGUGAGCCGGGGCCAGCAUGAGGACGACGAAGAGGAGGAAGAGCAGGCCAUCAACAGGCAAACUGCCCUCUACAGCCUCAAGCUGCUGUGCCGCAGUUUCGGCGCCAGCCACCAAGAGGCAUUCGUUCCCGUGCUGCACGGUGCCAUGGAGCUGGUGACCUCCCCCCAUGAGGACAGGAACGUGAUGGGCAGCGCCCUGCUCUGCAUCGCCGAGGUCACUAGCGCGCUGAAGGCCCUGGCCGUCCCACAACUGCCAAGACUGAUGCCAGCAGUUCUGCAGACUCUUAAGGAGCGCAAGGAGCUCUUCUCCAACAAGGUGUAUCUGCUGAGCGCCGUCACGGCCCUGCAGCGUGUGUCGGAGACGCUGCCCCAUUUCAUCAGCCCAUACCUGAAGGACAUCCUGCUCCAGGUGUCUCGCCUCACCCGUGUUGUGGAGCAGUGCACCAAGUGCCCACAGCUGCCGGUUCGACUGGCCUCCCUCAGGGCCACCCUUGCCACCAAGGUGCCAUCUCGUGUCCUGCUGCCUGCUGUCACUAUGUGCUACAGCCAGGUGGCGCAAUCCCAGCAGAAUCGUCUGGGGCCCUUGAUGGACAUUCUGAAGGACCACAUUGUUCACAUGGAGCGGGACGAGCUGACCGGACACCAGUCAGAGCUCACCUCCUUCUUCCUCACUGCCCUGGACUUCAGGUCCCAGCACAGUCAGGGUAACCUGGAGAAGGCGAACGAGGCGGAGGGCUGCAUCAUCCACUGCCUGCUGGCCAUGAUCUUGAAGAUGUCGGAGGCCUCCUUCAGACCCCUGUUCUUCAAGCUGUUUGACUGGUCCAAGACAGAAGGAGCUCCCAAAGACCGGCUGCUGACCUUCUGCCGCCUCGCCGACAGCAUCGCCGACAAGUUGAAGGGGCUCUUUGUUCUUUUCGCCGGGCACCUGGUCAAGCCCUUCGCAGAUCUCCUUAACCAGACCAACGUCACAAAGACAGACGAGGCCUUCUUCGACUCGGACGACAACGUGGAGAAGACGUGCCUCCUCCUGCAGUACGUUCUCGACUGCCUGCACAAAAUCUUCCUGUACGACACCAAGCACUUUGUCAGCAAGGAGCGGGCGGACACACUCAUGGCUCCCCUUGUUGACCAGCUGGAGAACACCUUGGGAGGAGUGGAGGUCUAUCACGCUCGGGUCACUGAGCACCUGGUGCCCUGCAUCGCCCAGUUCUCCAUAGCUGUGAGAGAUGACUCGCAGUGGAAACCUCUCAACUACCAGGUCCUGCUGAAGACCCGACACAGUUCACCCAAGGUGCGCUUCUCCUCUCUUCUCAUGCUUGUGGAGCUCGCGGGCAAGCUGAAGGAGAACUACAUGGUCCUGCUGCCUGAAACUAUUCCCUUCCUGGCAGAGCUCAUGGAAGAUGAGUGUGAGGAGGUGGAGCACCAGGUGCAGAAGGUCAUCCACGAGAUGGAGGUCAUCCUGGGAGAGUCUUUGCAGAGCUACUUCUGACCACAGUCUCUGGAAACAUGACUUAUGUGAUGAUGAUCAUGUGCCUUUUUGUCUGUUUCCAAGACAGUCACGACUUUACUGAAACAAGGGUGAAUAGAGUGCAUUUUACUCUGGAUAAUAUAUGUCAUACAUCAAAGGGCACAGAAACCAUCCUUUUUCUGCAGGUUCACUUCUUGUGUCAGAAUGAUCCUUUAUCCAUUAAAUCCAUUAUGUUUUAUUUUUUUAA